GUUUACACGCUCCGGGGCCUGUAGGCGCCGCGAGUUCCGGCUGUCGCCGCUGCCGCCGCAGCUUCUGAAGGUCGGUUGCGACGAGUAACGGCGCCAGGACGAGCCCUGCACCUUCUUCUCCGAUAUGUACCCUAAUUGGGGCCGGUAUGGCGGGAGCAGCCACUAUCCACCGCCACCGGUCCCGCCGCCGCCGGUGGCGCUUCCUGAGGCCUCGCCGGGGUCCGGGUACUCGAGCUCGACGACUCCCUCGGCCCCCUCCUCUUCUGGCUUCAUGAGCUUCCGCGAGCAGCACCUGGCGCAGCUCCAGCAGCUGCAGCAGAUGCACCAGAAGCAAAUGCAGUGCGUGCUCCAGCCCCACCACCUCCCCCCGCCCCCCCUGCCACCUCCGCCGGUGAUGCCCGGGGGCGGCUAUGGGGACUGGCAGCCGCCGCCGCCGCCGAUGCCUCCGCCGCCUGGGCCGGCUCUCAGCUAUCAGAAGCAGCAGCAGUACAAACAUCAGAUGCUUCACCACCACCGAGACGGGCCUCCUGGUUUGGUUCCCAUGGAGCUGGAUUCCCCCCCUGCAUCUCCCCCUGUGCCACCAGGAUCCUACAUGCCCCCGUCUCAAUCUUACAUGCCUCCACCUCAACCGCCACCCUCGUACUAUCCCCCGUCCUCGUCCCAGCCUUACCCGCCUCCGGCUCAGCCGUCGCCUUCGCAGUCCCCACCGUCCCAGUCAUACCUGGCACCCACCUCAUCUUACUCUUCCUCCUCCUCCUCCUCGCAAUCCUAUUUGAGCCAUUCCCAGUCCUACUUGCCCCCUUCUCAAGCAUCUCCUUCCCGCCCCUCCCAGGGCCAUCCUAAAUCUCAACUGCUAGCUCCACCACCACCGUCCGGCCCUUCUGGGAAUAAGACAACAGUUCAGCAAGAGCCUUUGGAGAGUGGAACCAAGAACAAGAGUACUGAACAGCAGCAAGCCGCCCCUGAGCCAGAUCCUUCUACGAUGACUCCACAGGAACAGCAGCAGUAUUGGUACCGACAGCACCUGCUUAGUUUGCAGCAGAGAACAAAAGUACAUCUGCCUGGACACAAAAAGGGUCCUGUUGUAGCAAAGGAUGCAUCAGAGCCAGUAAAAGAAGAAGUUACUGUACCUGUCACUAGUCAAGUAGCAGAACCCCCUCCAUCUGAGGAGCCUCCAUUACCCCCCUCUAAUGAAGAGGAGCCACCUCCUCUCCCACCAGAGGAGCCCCAGUCUGAGGACCCAGAAGAAGAUGCCAGGUUAAAACAGUUGCAGGCUGCAGCAGCACACUGGCAGCAGCACCAGCAACAUCGAGUCGGCUUCCAGUAUCAGGGAAUAAUGCAGAAGCACACUCAGUUACAGCAGAUCCUGCAACAGUAUCAGCAGAUUAUACAGCAGCCACCACAUAUACAGACCAUGUCUGUAGAUAUGCAGUUGCGGCACUAUGAAAUGCAGCAGCAGCAGUUUCAACAUCUCUACCAAGAAUGGGAGCGAGAGUUUCAGCUAUGGGAGGAACAACUCCAUUCCUAUCCUCAUAAAGAUCAGCUUCAGGAGUAUGAGAAACAGUGGAAAACAUGGCAGGGACAUAUGAAAGCCUCUCAGACCUAUCUCCAGGAGAAAGUCAAUUCAUUGCAAAACAUGAAGAAUCAGUAUAUGGGGAACAUGUCAAUGCCACCUCCUUUUGUUCCAUAUUCUCAGAUGCCUCCACCUCUACCAACAAUGCCCCCUCCAGUACUGCCUCCAUCAUUACCACCUCCAGUGAUGCCCCCAGCCCUGCCUUCUACUGUGCCGCCACCUGGCAUGCCCCCACCUGUGAUGCCACCUUCUCUACCAACCUCUGUGCCCCCACCAGGGAUGCCUCCAUCUCUCUCUUCAACAGGGCCACCACCAGUUCUGCCCCCACCUUCCCUCUCUUCUGCAGGGCCACCACCAGUUCUGCCCCCACCGUCUCUCUCUUCAACGGCACCUCCUCCUGUUAUGCCCCUCCCACCGUUGUCUUCGGCCACACCCCCUCCAGGAAUACCUCCCCCUGGAGUUCCACAAGGGAUACCGCCUCAGUUAACAACAGCCCCAGUUCCACCAGCUUCCAGUUCUCAGAGCUCACAAGUUCCAGAGAAACCUAGGCCAGCACUGCUUCCCACUCCUGUGUCUUUUGGUUCAGCCCCACCCUCAACUUACCGUCCUCCAAUGCAGUCAGCUAUUGGCCCGUCAGAACAAGUGAAUUCUAAAGCUCCUCUGAAUAAGUCUACUCCGUCAUACAGUUCAUUCUCAUCUGAGCAAGGACUUGGGGAAUCUUCAGCUGCAGUGAAGGACAUGCCAGUGAGGUCAGGUGGACUGCUUCCAGAUCCUCCUAGAAGCAGUUACUUGGAAGGUCCAAGAGGCCCAAGAUUUGAUGGUCCUCGAAGAUUUGAGGAUUUAGGGUCAAGGUGUGAAGGACCGAGACCCAAAGGGCCUCGUUUUGAAGGAAAUCGCCCCGAUGGGCCAAGACCCAGAUAUGAAGGUCACCCAACAGAGGGCACUAAAAGCAAAUGGGGAAUGAUUCCCCGGGGGCCAGCAUCUCAGUUUUAUAUUACCCCCAAUACAUCCCUAAGUCCUCGACAGAGUGGACCACAGUGGCAAGGCUCCAAACCAGCUUUUGGACAGCAACAUCAGCAGCAGCCUCCUAAGUCACAAGCAGAACCUCUUUCAGGAAACAAAGAACCAUUAGCAGAUACCAAUAGUAACCAGCAGAAGAAUUUUAAAAUGCAAUCUGCUGCAUUUUCCAUUACUGCAGAUGUAAAGGAUGCCAAGGUGGCUCAGUCAAAUGAGAAUCUAAGCGACUCUCAACAAGAGCCACCUAAAAGUGAAGUCUCGGAAGGGCCCAUAGAGCCUUCUAACUGGGACCAGAAUUCUCAAUGUAUGGAGGCCCAAAUGGACAAAGCCCAAGCUGUUACUCAGCCUGUACCCCUUGCAAAUAAACCUGUACCUUCUCAAUCUACUUUUCCUUCAACAGCAGGGGGGAUAGAGGGAGGAGGAGCAGCAGUAGCAACAUCGUCGUCAUUAACUACAGAUAAUGAUUUUAAAUCCAUGGGUAUUGUUCUGUCCCAUUCAGAAAACAACCAAGAUAAAGGGCUGCCUCGGCCAGAUAACAGAGAUAACAGGUUAGAAGGCAGUCGUGGCAGCAGUUCAUCUUACAGAGGUCCUGGGCAAAGCAGAAUGGAAGACACACGGGAUAAAGGACUGGUAAACAGAGGUCGAGGCCAGGCAAUCAGCCGGGGCCCAGGGUUGGUCAAGCAAGAAGAUAUUCAUGAUAAGAUGAUGGGUAGAAGAGAAGACAGUCGAGAGAAGAUGAGCAGAGGAGAAGGCAGCCGGGACAGAGGGUUAGUGAGGCCAGGAAGCAGUCGGGAGAAAGUGCCAGGUGGUUUACAAGGCAGCCAGGAGAGGGGUAGAGCUGGCAGCCGAGAAAGGGGACCACCAAGGGGGGCUAGCAGUCAGGAGAGAGGACCCCCUCGAAGGGCUGGGAGUAGGGAGAGAAUACCACCCCGAAGAGCUGGGAGCCGGGAAAGGGGACCACCUCGAGGGCCUGGCAGUCGGGAAAGGGGGCUGGGAAGACCAGAUUUUGGUCGUGAUAGAGGUCCAUACAGACCAGAACCAGGAGAUGGUGGGGAAAAAAUGUAUCCAUAUCACCGAGAUGAGCCUCCUAGGGCUCCAUGGAACCAUGGAGAAGAGAGAGGGCAUGAGGAAUUCCCAUUAGAUGGUAGAAAUGCUCCGAUGGAACGAGAAAGACUUGAUGAUUGGGAUAGAGAUAGAUACUGGAGAGAGAGUGAACAUGAGUAUCAGGAUGAUACAAUAGAUCAAUAUAACAGAGAGGACAGAUUUUCAGCACCACCACCUCGGUCUCAUGAUGGAGAGAGGCGAGGCCCUUGGUGGGAUGAUUGGGAAAGGGAUCAGGAUAUGGAUGAGGACUACAAUAGGGAAAUGGACAGGGACUUGGACAGAGAUGUGGAUCGGAUUGGAAGACCCAUGGAUAUGUAUGAUAGAAAUUUGGAUAAUGAAUGGGACAGAGAUUAUGGGAGACCACUGGAUGAACAAGAAUCACAGUUUCAUGAACGGGAUAUUCCACCUAUUCCAUCUUUACCAAACCUCCCACCUCUUCCACCUUUGGAUAGAUAUCGGGAUGAUAGAUGGAGAGAAGAAAGAAAUCGAGACCAUGGUUAUGAUCGAGAUUUCCGUGAUAGGGGUGAGUUGAGGAUUCGAGAGUAUCCAGAAAGAGGAGAUACAUGGCGGGAAAAGCGAGAUUAUGUUCCUGACAGAAUGGACUGGGAAAGAGAACGGUUGUCAGACAGAUGGUACCCAUCUGAUGUGGAUAGACAUUCCCCCAUGGCGGAACAUAUGCCCUCCUCACAUCAUUCCUCUGAAAUGAUGGGGUCAGAUGCAAACUUAGAUUCUGACCAAGGCCUUGGAGGGGUAAUGGUUCUCAGUCAGAGGCAGCACGAAAUCAUUUUGAAGGCUGCACAAGAACUGAAAAUGCUUCGGGAACAGAAAGAACAGCUUCAAAAGAUGAAAGACUUUGGGUCUGAGCCACAGAUGCCUGACCAUCCACCACCCCAGGAAUCAUCGAGAUUGCAGAAUACAGCUUCAAGACCUGGGAUGUAUCCGCCUCCAGGGCCCUAUAGACCACCCCCUCCUAUGGGUAAACCACCAGGUUCAAUUGUAAGACCCUCGGCUCCACCAGCAAGAUCAUCUGUUCCUGUGAGCAGGCCACCUGUCCCAAUACCACCACCACCACCCCCUCCUCCUCCACCUCCUCCUCCUCCAGUGAUAAAGCCACAGACUUCUGGUGUGGAACAGGAGCGCUGGGAUGAAGAUUCUUUCUAUGGACUCUGGGAUACAAAUGAUGAUCAAGGACUGAAUUCGGAAUUUAAGUCAGAAAAUGCAGCAAUUCCAUCUGGUCCGGUGUUACCACUCCCACCUGUUCACCCUUCCAUUCCUCCUCCUGGCCCAAUGCCUAUGGGUAUGCCACCAAUGUCCAAACCCCCACCAGUGCAGCAGACUGUUGAUUAUGGCCAUGGCAGAGAUAUAUCCACUAAUAAAGUUGAACAGAUACCCUAUGGAGAAAGAAUAACUCUGCGCCCAGAUCCAAUACCCGAAAGACCAACUUUUGAGACAGAGCAUACAGGCCAACGCGAUCGUUACGAUAGAGACAGAGACCGUGAGCCUUAUUUUGAUCGUCAAAGUAAUAUCAUGACAGAUCAUCGAGAUUUUAAAAGGGAUCGGGAAACUCAUAGAGACCGAGACCGGGAUCGUGGUGUUAUUGAUUAUGACCGGGAUCGAUUUGACAGAGAUCGCCGACCCCGAGAUGAUAGGACUCAGUCAUAUCGAGACAAAAAAGACCAUUCCUCAUCCAGAAGAGGGGGGUUUGAUAGACCAUCCUAUGACCGGAAGUCUGACCGACCAGCCUACGAAGGGCCAUCCAUGUUUGGAGGAGAGCGAAGAACUUACCCAGAGGAGCGAAUGUCCUUGCCAGCUCCUUCACUAAGCCACCAGCCACCUCCAGCUUCACGAGUUGAGAAGAAGCCUGAAUCUAAAAAUGUGGAUGACAUUCUGAAACCACCAGGCCGAGAGAGCAGACCUGAGAGAAUUGUUGUUAUAAUGAGAGGAUUGCCUGGCAGUGGAAAGACACAUGUUGCAAAACUCAUUCGAGAUAAGGAAGUAGAAUUUGGAGGACCUGCACCCAGAGUUCUAAGCCUGGAUGAUUACUUCAUCACUGAAGUGGAAAAAGAAGAAAAAGAUCCAGAUUCUGGAAAGAAAGUGAAAAAGAAGGUAAUGGAAUAUGAAUAUGAAGCUGAGAUGGAGGAGACCUACCGCACCAGCAUGUUCAAAACUUUCAAGAAGACUCUGGAUGAUGGCUUUUUCCCCUUUAUUAUCCUGGAUGCCAUCAAUGACAGAGUUAGACAUUUUGACCAGUUUUGGAGUGCAGCAAAAACCAAGGGUUUUGAGGUAUAUUUGGCUGAAAUGAGUACAGAUAACCAGACUUGUGGCAAGAGAAAUAUUCAUGGAAGAAAGCUUAAAGAAAUAAAUAAGAUGGCUGAUCACUGGGAAACUGCACCUCGUCACAUGAUGCGUCUGGACAUCCGUUCUUUGCUGCAGGAUGCUGCUAUUGAAGAGGUAGAGAUGGAAGAUUUUGAUGCAAAUAUUGAAGAACAGAAAGAAGAAAAGAAAGAUGCAGAGGAAGAGGAAAGCGAACUGGGUUACAUUCCGAAAAGCAAAUGGGAGAUGGACACAUCUGAGGCAAAGCUAGACAAGUUGGAUGGAUUGAGGACUGGCACUAAAAGGAAACGUGACUGGGAGGCAAUUGCAAGCAGAAUGGAGGAUUAUCUCCAGCUCCCUGAUGAUUAUGAUACUCGUGCUUCUGAGCCUGGGAAGAAGAGGGUGAGGUGGGCAGACCUGGAAGAAAAGAAGGACGCAGACAGGAAAAGGGCCAUAGGUUUUGUGGUCGGACAAACUGAUUGGGAGAAGAUCACAGAUGAAAGUGGUCACCUGGCUGAAAAAGCCCUCAAUCGAACCAAAUACAUAUGAGACUUAGUUUUUGAACGGAAUCAUUGUUCCUCUAAGGUGGUUCGCUUUGAGAUGAUCUGAAGCCAAGGCCUCACAGAGCUUCGUUGUGUGUCACCUUGCUUCCAUGUUUCAGUUUUUGUUUUGUAUUCUACUGCUUUAGUUUUUUAAAGUUCUCCAGUGUCCCCAAGAGGUAUUAGAAUCUUGCUGUAUGCAAGCAAGACAUUAAUUUUUCUUUUUAACUAUUUUGGGGAGGGAGGGAGUGAUAGCUUAACUUCUGAAGCCAGAUGGGUCCACUGGAGGAUUCUGACAGAAUAUUUCCUUCACUGUACAAUGUCACAGACUAUCUCUAUCAUCAUUGCUUUGUGGCUGUUUUUGUUUUUUACUGUAUGUAACUGGUAGCUGAUUGUAGUAGGAUUAAAAACAAUAAACUUUCAUGAUAAAGCCAAUGAAAUUCAUGGGCUGUAUAGCAUGGGCCCAUUUCUCGUUUGUUUUCUUAAUUUUAUUUUUAUUUUAUGUGUCCUAAUUCCAUGCUAGCUGAACAUCUGAAAACCUCUUUCCCGUUGAAUAUUACAUAGCUCAGUGAUUCCAUAGUGCAUGUUAUAAAUGCAAGGUUCACUGAUGUUCAAACACUCAUCUUUGUUUUAUAGCUGAUUUCUUUAUCUAUCUUAGUGUCUUGAAGACUGUUAAAGACCAAUUUCAAAUAUUUGUCGGCUCCCUGGAGCAUAUCUGUUCUGUAACAUGAUGUUUUCUUUUGAACUUUGUUUUUUAGUCCUUCCUCCUACUCGCCUUCUCUUCUUUACUUCCUCUUUUCACUUUCUCCCUUUAUAUUAUUGUUUGGUUUUUACGUAAUCGGGCUUUGAAAUCUUGGUGGACAGAACUGAUAUGCUCCAUGGAACUCAGGAGCUUGUUGCCUUACUGCUGAACUUGAAUUGUUGAUUUUUUUAAUCAAGAUUGCAGGGAAAGAGUAUAGAGAUGCAGAGCCCUCUGGCAUGUAACCUUGAAGCCUGCCAAGUUUUCAAGUUCUUGCCAGAUUGCUCAUUAUUGGAAAGCAUGGCCUUUUGCACAGAAUUUCCUCUCUCUGGAUAAUACCAGGUGGAACCCAGAAACAUACAGAGCUAAAGCCCAGAUACUAUACCCACUCCUCACUUACUGACAUGGUUAGGUUCCAAAGACCAGGUUGUUAUGUGAAAAUCGGCAUUAUGUGAAAAUGGAGGAUGACCACAUUAGAUCACAAAAUGGAGGAUGACUACAUCAUUACAUAACUGCCAAACCACUGGGUAUCAUAACCUCGCCAAGUUGACACGUAACUAUCAAAACCAGCAUUACUCUCAUCCCGCACCUUGGUGUUCGUUACUGCCAGACGUACGUCGAUAAUGUGCAAUAUAGUCAGGUAGUAGAUUUUUUACUGUUGCACAUAAAUGCAGAAUGUUGGAUAAUGAAGUAAUCGAUAAGUGAGGAGUAGGUGUAUUCCUAUUUAAAAACAGAAAACGAGCUCUUUUCCUUUUUUCAUUCUACAAAGAAAUGAAGUCAUCUUCCAGCAUGAGAGAAGAGCUUUCUUCCUCAAACACCAUUUCCAUUUUAUAAUCCAACUCAGCAAGUUGUAAGUUUGUUGACAAAAAGCUUGAGUAUUUUGAACUGUUCUUUUUCAGGCUACAGACCAGGAAUCCUUUAGUUUUAUGACCUAGAUUAAAUACUGUGUGAAUAGAGCUAAUAUUUACUAGCAUUUGAAUAAUACCACUUUGGGAUAAAGAACUUGAAAUUAUUGUACUGAAGACUAAUGGGAAAUCCUGAUGACCUUAUAUACUUUUAUCUUCCCUGAAAUUCUGAAUGUUUAAAUGUGAGAUGCUUUAAGUUCAUUAACCAGUCAAUAUUGAACAGGUAGUUUGCUACAUUAAAUAACUUCUGAUGUUUGUAGUAUUUAAUAAGAUAUUUCGUUUGCUUAUUUGGCCUACAGUACAUUUGUAUGUACUCAUCUUUCUCAACAAUAUUUAUUAUGUUGAAUGAAGGUACAUCACAGGAAUUAUUGUUUGUACAGUGACCCAUUUACUAGUUACCAAAUCUACUGGUGUCUUUUAUCAUCAAAAACAAAACUUCAAGAGUGUAUUCUCUAGUUCAGAAGAAAAUGGAGGCAUACGUGUUCUUCUAGAGGAUAGUUCAUGUUAGUUGUCCUUAACCUUUUUCCCUCUGAUUGACAAUAUUCAGGAUAAAACCCAAAACCAAACCCGUUGCCCUUAGAGUUGAUUCCAACUUAGGGCAACCCUGUGGUAUUCAGGAUGCCAUUGGCCAUAUGCAGAUUGGCAUAAGAGGUGGUAAUCACUGAUGGAUUACUCAUGUUUUUGCCUUGCAGCCGUGACUUUGUGUCUGUGCUCUCAUGCCAAGAAGGCUCUUUGAAGAGUGACUAGAGUCAGAAAUGGCCUCUACCAGUUUUCAGAAGACAUAGAUUAAGAUGGUCUCUGGGAUGAAGAUAAGAGUGUUGCCUACUUUAGGAAACUGGUAUAACGAAUAACCUCAAUGAAGGGAGAUUAAUGAAAAAGAUAUAUUUGAAAGUCAGGGAUUAGGCACCAAAAAGAAAGUAAUACUCAACUGGUAUUUGACUUUGCUAGUCUGAUAUGGGCCUGUUAAGAAAUUCUUGGAGUGGCAUUAUCAUUAGAAGCAGAAUACGAUAGGAAGUCCAAGGAUAUCUUGGAGAAAUUUGGUGUGGGUAGAAAAUGCCUUCCUAUCUCAGAUAUUUUAAGUUUGUUAAGAGGCAUGUCCUUGGAAUAUAACGGACUAAACUUGGAUUCCAUUUAUCUGCUAGCAUUUUAUUUUUAUUAUUUUCUUAUCUCAGAAAACUGCUUGGUAUGUGUUUUUAAAUUUUUGUCUUAAUCAUAUUAGAUUUAUUUAAAAUUGUUUGUGGUGUCUUUUGUCUUAACACAAAACAGUCUGAUGUUGGGGCAAGUCCCUAAUAUCUUUAAUGUUUCAGAUCUUUUCAAGAAAAUUUGAAGUCUCUCCUAGGCAAGUGACUUGGUAAAUGAAAUGCAAGAACUUUUCCAUUUGGGAAUCAUUUAUUUAGGGUUAAGUUGGCAUAUUCAAAAUAUUUUAGUUACUGAUUGCAGAGAUGGGAAGCUGGUAAUAAUAUAGUGGUCCAUUUGUUGACACUCAUUUGAUUCACAUAAUUUUAUAAAAGUUUGAAUUUAAUUCAGAUAUCAGUGACUAACCCAGAAGUUUAUUAACAAAGAUAAAAUCUUCAGUUUCUGGUUGGAUUUAUUUCCUUUGUUAAGGAGUUCUUGUCAUUGAUUGGACAAACCAAAGUAGGUACCAUCUCAUCUACAGACGAAGUAUUAAAUUAAUUGGAUUGACUAAAAAUUUCAGCCUAGGUUUUCUUACUUUGGAGGGCUCUUAGUUUUUGUGCAAAAAUAUUUUAUCUUGCUAACUGAGCAAGUUGCAAUUAUUUUGGUAAUAGACACCUGGAGCCUGGCUUACUGCUAGGACUGUAAAAGCAGCAGGUUCUUAGCUACAACAAAAACAUAACAGAUUUUAGAGUUUUAAUUCUGAGCUACCAAAACAAGAUGAGUUUAAUUAAGCUAGAGAAAAAGAACGUAUUAGUAUGCAUUUAGUAUGUAUUAGAAUGUAUUUAGUAGUGACAGACCCUAGUACAAAUUCAGGCUCCUCUUAGAAGCUGUGUGACCCUAAGCAAAUCACUUAACCUAUCUGGGCUUCAGGUUCCUUAUCUAUAAAAUGAAAAUAACAAACACACCUACUAAAGAUUGCUGUGAGGAUUAAAUUGAGAUAAUGCAUGUAAACUGCUUGGCACAAUAACAAGAACGUAAAGCUCAGGAAUCGGUAGCUGUCAUCAUUAUUAUUACUCUUUCACUUGUUCUCACACGCUAUUUUGAAUUUCAGAAUUUCCAGUUUGGUUGGAGGUAAUGGUCUCCUUUUGUAGUCAGCUACUAUAGACUGGUGGCGCAGUGGUUAAGAACUCAGCUGCUAACCAAAAGGUCGGCAGUUUGAAUCCACCAGCCGUUCCUUGGAAACCCUACGUGGGCAGUUCUACUCUGUCCUUUAGGGUCGCUAUGAGUUGGAACUGACUGAACGGCACAUAACAACAACUAUAGACUGAGAGCUGUGUCAUAUGAAGUAGUACAGUGUGCGUGGGUUGGAAGAAGAAUUGUUCAGAAGCAUUUUCUGGUAACCAGGGACACUGAGCUUCAGAACCACUAUGGAGGCAUAUGAGGCUUAGGCGCAAAGGCUGAUUAAUAAGUACCUUCAUGAGGAUGGGUAGUAAAUAACAGAAAGCAGUAGCCAGACUACAGGUGUGAACAAAAGUGAGGGCAGUGAAGCAUUAAUUUGCCUUGAUUUUCACAUAGUCAAAAAGAAAAUAAUUUUAUGAAUAGGUAAUAUAUUCAUAUGGAAUAAAAUUCAGAAGGUUCAAGGGAGUAUUAAAGUCUCUCGUCCCAACCCCCACCUCCCACUACCUCAUCUGUAGAGGCAAUCAGAGUUAACUUUUUCUUUUGUGUCCUUUCAGAAAAAUUCCAUGAAUAAGCAUUAAAUACAUACAUUUUUCCUGUUUUUUUUUUAUUUUUUUUAUUUUUGGUUUACCCAAAUGGUGGAAUGUUACAAACACUACCUUGUUUUUUUCCUUUAACAGUAUGUCUUACAGGUCAUUCAGAUUAUAUGUAAACAUACCCAUUCUCAUUCUCUCUCCUGGUUUAAUUUUCCAAAGGUACAUUCUAAUUAUAAGGGGAUUUACUGAAAAAUUUUAGAAAUUGCUUCAACUAUUUUUCUACAUAUAUGUCUAUAGCAUGGAAUAUAUUGUUUUUGUGUGUGUAUGUAUUUAGUUCUACACAGUUUGAUCACGUGUAGGUUUGCGUAUCCAUUCCCACCUUCCUCCCUCCCCCACCUCAUC